GAUCACGUGCUGCAUCAAGUUUGGCGCGGAACUCAGCAAUCCUGCAUGUGAAAAUGCCGAAAGGAAAGAAAUCGGGAAGUAAGCCGGCAACUGUACAACCACCAAAGCCGAAACCUGCAGGAAAAUCGGCCUCAAACAAAAAGAAACAUAUCAAGAAAAAGAAGGAGUCUUUUAAAAUUUACAUCUUCCGAGUCAUGCGGCAAGUCCAUCCCGAGCUAAAGAUGUCGAACCGUGCCAUGGGUAUUAUGAAUUCGUUUGUGAUAGACAUAUUUGAGAGAAUUGCCUCCGAAGCGUCCAAACUGGCCAAGUAUAACCGCCGACAGACCAUGAGCAGCCGUGAUAUCCAGACGGCGGUUCGUCUUCUGCUUCCCGGAGAAUUGUCUAAACACGCGGUGUCCGAGGGAACCAAAGCUGUUACCAAGUACACAAGCUCAGCUUAAACUGUUACUACCCACUAAGCUCAGCGUAACAUUAACAAAAACUAUUUUUAAUUUUUUGAUCGAUGAUGUCAUCAAGCUUUUUUUUCACCUUCUGCAUGCGAAAAGUUGCUGCAAAAAUUAUAUGUUGCAUUUUAAUUUCUUUGUUCACAGUUGCUCAAUGUACAGCAAAAACAUUGUAAUUUUGAUGUGUUCAUUUUCAUAUUAGGUAAUAAAUAAA